UGCAAAUUGUUGCAAAUCCUUUUGACGUUGACAUUUACGAAGAAAACAACAAACAAUUUACAAGUCCAAUAUGGUGUAAAAAUUAUUACAUCGAUAAGAGAAAUAAUUGGUUUUUAUUGCCGUUCUAGAAAAAUUUAUCUGUGAUAUUUUUUUUGGUUUUACUGAAGGCUACACCUUAAAGGUAAAUAAAUCUACAAAAUGAGUGAAGAAGGCGGAGGCUUUGAUCCUUGCGAAUGUGUUUGGAACCCUGAAAUGGCAAUGAGGCGUCUUUUGAAUGUGAUAAGGAAUUCACAGUCAUAUUGCACUGACAAUGAAUGUUUUACAGAUGACCCUGAUGCUCCACAACAAACCAAUCCCGAUGGAAUAUUGCUCAUGAGUAUUUUCUUUGUUGCUGCUUUAUUUCUGUACUAUUUGCGCCCAAGACGACAAGAAGUUGACGGACCAUCCAAACCAUUCAGUGGGGAAAAUAAUCCCCAUGGAGCUCCACCAAGCCCACCACCAGCAACUAACUAGUAUCUAUGAAAUAUACAUCUCUGCAAUUGAGGUUAAUUUAAUCUUAUUUUUUUGGGGAUGGUCUCUCUUGUUCUUGUCAUUUAAGUCCAAAUAAAAUAAGUGGGUGCUUUCUACUAUAAACUUAAGUAUUUCCAAAUUCAGCUUUAUUAAUGGGCAAUAAAUGCGUUACAUUCAACCAUAGGUCUUGCACAGUGUUCUUGCAAUAUGCACACAUUCCUUUCUGCACUUAGCGACGCUUUUCUCCAUUGUAUAAAAUAUUUGCAAUAUAGAUGUAAAUAAAAAAUUAAUAUAUUCAACAUUGAUAAUGUAUAAAAUUUGUAUGAAAAUAAAUAUAUUUUAAUACAGCA